CCUCCUCCCUUCUUCCUGCGCGCCGCUCGUCACCCCUCUCCUCCCUCCUCACGUGCCCACGCCUGCCGAUCCCUCAGCUCCUCCCUGCGCACCGCCACCCGUCUGCUCCCCGCCUCCCUACGCGCCGCCGCCCGUCCGCUCCCCGCCUCCCUACUUGCCGCCGUCCGUUCGCCCCCCCCCCCUUUCCUCCUCCCCGUGCGCCGCCGCUCGUCGCCCCUCUCCUCACUGUGCGCCGCCGCCCGCCGGUCCCUCCUCGGCAACUCCCUCUCUCGACCAAGCGCCACUGCCCGUCCGUCUGCCUCCCCCCCCCCCUCCCUAUCGGCCCAGCGCCUGGGGCACCCAGUGCGCCGCACCGGACUACGCGACCCCCGGAUCCGCCGCCGGGUUGCGGGCACAUGGGUGGCGGCGCAGCAGCCGGAGACGCCCUGGGCAGAGGAGACGAAGGGAGCGGCAGCGGUCGGUGGCAAGGAGCCCAAGAUCCCGGCACGGAGGUGGCGAGAUCUCCUCCGGCUGCGGAAGCAGCAGGCGUCGUCGGGGUCCGGCUCGACGGCGGCGAGUGCAUCGUCGGAGCCGAGGCCGCUGCGCCGGCUCCUCCACCGCGGGCCAAAGCCGCCGGAGCUAGAGACGCCGCUGAGCCUGCCGCUCCUCCGCGAGGCCGGCCCCGUCGCGGUGGGGCGGCGCGUCGGCGAGCGGGCGGGCGGCGUGAUGCCUGGUCGGUUGGGGGAGUGAGAGGCGGGGUCGGGUGGUUCUGCCGGCGGAGCCAUGGGGUGCCACGUGGACACUAGGUGCUUUUUAGUAGUAGAGAUAUAUGGGAAGAAUUAAGCAUGAUGCUAGGAUUGGAUGCAUGCUUAUAUGUUCCCUUAUGCACCAGAUGUUGAAGGGAAUUGUAGGAUUUCUUUGUUGUGGUCAGUAUUUUUAUCAAGA